ACAGCUGUUCUCUUGUUUUUCCCAUCCCUAUUAUGUGGGGAUUUUUGUUUAGCGGUGCUGCGUCCCCAAGAAUACACAAAUAAAACGCAAAAAGUUUAGACCUACGAAAUCGCAAGUGAAUCAUGGCCACGCUAGUGAAGCCCAAAAAGAGCAAACGGUCUCGCAACGCAGGACAGUUCCAAAAAGAGGAAGAGGAACAUGCUGAGUUAUCAACAAGUGAAGAACAAAGACCUGCGGACAAUGUAUCGCUGCUGGAGGAAUUCGAGCGGGUGGCGGCCUUGGCCAGCAGUUCUAGUGGUGAGGCGAUCAUUAGCCACGAGUGUUGCAUUUCCAGCGAUGUGAGGGAAACGCCGGAGGAAGCAGAAACCGAUAUUCAGGAUCCCACAGAAACGGAAGCCGAACCCAGUGCACCAAGUGCCCCGCCCUCGACUACCGUUCACAUCAUUCAGUAUCCCAAUCUGCAACCCAUGCAAUUGUCCAACACCCAGGUGGAGGAACACUCUGCCAAGAUUGUCUACCAACAGGCAGAAUCUCCCUCCGGCUUCGCCUUAACCAGGAGUCACAUUAAACCCUUGAAUCCCGAGGAACUACGACAAAUCUACGAUUGUCCCGACCUGGAGCUGGCCAAACAGUUUGAGCUGGAGUUUCUUAUGAACUCCCUGUUGGAGUCCAGCGAAUCGGAUCCAUUAUAUGCUGCUCUACUCGAAUAUUAUGAACUGCAGGGCAAGAUCACCUCGAACUUGCACGAUGUGGAGAAGAUGCGAAAAGCCUGCACGGAGUCACAAAAACAAGUCUGGGUGCGCCAGCCGGUAACACGAACAUUCAGUGGAACCUGCGGCGAUGGAAAUGUGGUCCAGGAGAGCAUCACCUACGAUCUCAUCAAGGUGGACCCUAUCAAACUAGAACUAGCCCAGUCGACUCUGACUGGUCUGUAUGACCUCGUCUGUCAUACUUACACCAGCAAUCUGAUCACAGCUAAGAUAACCAAAGUAAAGGUGGACCAAAUAAUCAAUGACAUGCUGGCUUAUCCCAAUGCGGAUGGCCAGUCGGCGAUAACAUUGAAUUAUUCUCAAUCUGGACAGGCUUUGGAGUGUGUUGCCCAACUAAGAAGAGCCAUCUCCAUACUCUUCAGCUUUGUUCGAAGGCCAAGUCCUAAUUCGAAUUUCGACAAGGACCUCAAAGAAUGGCUGCGCAAGCUGAUUGCCUUGCAACUAUUGUUGGCCACCCGGGAGGACCACUGGUUCCUGCUGUUCAACAUACUGCGCUGUCCCAAUGGCGUUGGCUCCUGGGCCGCCCAAUUUUUGCAGCUGCCUGGGACGAGGACAUUAUCCCACGGUUCCCAACAGAAUGAACUGCCACUGGACCUACACUCGCCCGAACUCAACCACUGCAUGUCCGUGCUACAGAUUCUUCUGAUGCCCGUGAAGAAGCGCAACGAAUAUCUCAAGAGUCAGACCCAAGCGACUCGGGAACUUUCGGGUACGACAGGGGCCACUGAUCGCUGGAUAGUGGUGGAUUCCGACGGCGAAGACUCACACACCCCCGCUGGCGAAUGCAUUGGGCUAAAGGAAAGCGACCUAAUCGCACUGCUUAACCAAUUGCCUUUCGAAAAGAUAUUUACAUCUGCUAUGCGCAUUGAAAAGUUUCUAAACGACUACAUUCUAGAGCCAGAUAUGAUCACGCCGCAAAAAAUGCUCGCGGUAGUGGUGUUUUUUUCCCAGUUGGUCAAAACAAUGGGCGAGGGAUUGCUAACCUACAACAACGAGCGAUAUAAGCAACUGGCCAAACGUCUUGGUCGUUUGGUGCGCCACACCCUCCAAUAUGUCUUUGAUUACCACGAAUUGUUUAUAAACAACAACCUGGCCAAGUCCGCGGACAUGUACGAGCGCAUCCAAGUGGAGCUGCAAGCACUACUUAUUCGCUCCUGCGGCUACAUCUACCGCACCCGGAAUCUAGGCACUUGGCAGUACUUUUCCACUUUGCCCUUUGGCACCUUAGAUGCCGAAGUGGUCUGGCACUUGUUUUACUACUUAAAUGUCGGCUUUCCAACGGACUUGACCAAUGAUUUGGUGAGCAAUGCAGAGGCUGCUUUCCAGGCGGAAGACUUCUGGACCAAAUUCGAUCUGGCGAAUGCGGAUGUGGCACCUGAAGAUAUGUACUAUCUGCUCCAGACCUUCUUUGAGAUGGCCAACGAUCGAAAUCGCUCUAAGGAUGGGAACCUCGUCAAGGCUAUCUGCCUGCACAUUUUCCGCAUCGGAUACAUACAUCAAUCUACGAGGGAGAUUUGCUAUAAAACAGCACGUGAUAUGCUGGCCAACUUAAUGGAUGAGGAACUGUUGGGUAGCCUGCUAGUUCUGUUAAAGAUGCGAUACGGGGACGUAGAUCAAGCUGCGUAUCUUUUUAAAGCUCUGCCGUUAGAGAACUGGCAUCCCAGCAUGGAUAGUUUUGAGGUUCUCUCGAACUGGCUCCUCCACUUUGACUACCAAUCUUCGGAAAGCCAUUUAGCUCGCUUGAUCAUCAGUCACUUAAACUGGGGACUGGAUUGCGAGGGACGUCUUUUCCUGCCCCACAAUAUUCAUGUAAGAAUGGCUCACCUGGUGAAUGAAGCCCUGAACAAGUACGCUCCUGAGGUUAUAGGAGCCUCCGGCAUUUCUGAGAGCGUGCGCCAAGUUUCCUCGCUGAUCGAUUCUACUCAAUCGAGUCGGGAGCAGUUUACCAAUUGGUGCUGGCGCAUGGUGUCCGUCUUGCGCCUGCAUCUGAUGGAUCAAGGCGUUGAGUCCGUGAAGCGCACGCUUUAUCAUCCCACGGAACCACUUCUUUUUGUUCCCGAACUAGAGCGUAUGGAGAUGAUAUUUCAGGGUGUAAAUGAGAAUCGCCCGCUGGCCCUGUAUGUGGGUAUGUUGGUCAGCCUACAAGGCCACUCUAUUCCGUUGAUCUGUCAGCACGGAUUCAACCUUCUGCAGCAACUUCUUUUGGAUCACCGACAUGCGGCCACCAUUCGGUGCUUAGAGUUGAUCGUUCCGUUGUUUUUGGAAACACCUGAAACUCUUGCAAAUUGUGAAAGUUUUCAGAGACUGUUGAUUACUCUUUUAAAUGCGGACAGAACUUAUUUGAAGCUAGCUAAGGAUAUGGUCUACGCUAAUUCCAUUGGCCCCAUUUUGGAACUGCUGGACAACAUGCUUCAUCAUCAAAUUAUUUCAUAUACAAGCUAUGGUCUUUGUUCCCCGCUUAAUCUUCUCAACAUCUGGCUCAAUUGCUUUACAACCUUGCCAGGCUGGUCUCAGAACUCGAAUCUACUGUAUCUGCUUGACAGAAUGCUCCGUAUUUCUUACCAGUUCCCCGACUGUCGAGCUCAGGCUGUGGAAUUUUUCUACAAUUACUACAAGGAUUGCACAGAUUGGAAGACAGCUCCCAAGGGAUCAGCUCUUAAAGCCUUUUUCGGUGCCCAGUCUCCUUCACGAAUACCUUUGAUUUCGCCGCAAAACUGCUGGCUAAAUUUGGUGCUGCUGGAGAUAGAGUUCCGUCUGGUGGAUACCCGCAUCUUCCCGGAGUUUUUGCGGCAAGUUUCCGCUCAACCCGUGGAGGCAGCUCUCAAGAAGACGUUCUCAUUGAGCAAAACCAGUGCCUUCCCCGCCAGUCAACUUGUAAUAUUCAAGUAUGCCCAACUUCUGGCCAGCAUGGAGAGCAAUCAUGCUUUAUUUCCCAUCGUCUGCCAGAAGUUCUUUGAGCUUUAUCUUUGGCGAGUGCCAACGGAAAACGAAUCGCUUAACUUUAGUCACAACUUUGGAGUUUCCGACAGGUUCUACGAACACAAUGUGCCUUUGAUGAAGAGUAUUAAGUCCCAACUUAAGUCUGCUGAGUCUUACUACUCCGCGUUGGCAACCAAAAGCGCCAGUGACGAUGCCAUGGCCCACUUCUAUCGCAGUUGUUGCAAGCUGAUGCAGAACUGUGCGCUCUGGCUGGAGGAUACUCAAAUUAAUCGCUUUACCAGCGAUGCCGAGCAGCUACCUGCGCAGUACAACUCAGAGAAACUGCGUGAGCUGUUAAGUGGUCAUGUCAAUCACUGGACGGAGUUCCUCUGCCUGGCGACCCUGCGCAAGGAGCAGCGUCAUCAGGCAGAUCAGUGGGGGCGAAAAGUGAUGAGAUUUCCUAACCAAAAGUCACCCAGAACUCCGGUGCAACCGAAGCCGCGACAGCCUCCUGCUCAACAUAUAAAGAGCCUGCUGAUUACGUACGAAAAGAUUAUUCCGGUCCCAACCCACGUUCGUGUAGAACCCAUCCAGACACCACCUAUCGAUGAAAACAUUAUGACGCAGCUUCAGAAGCGCUUAAACACAUUCAACUCAACGGCCAACACCUACCAUUACAAGACAUCCGAGUUAAAUUCCCUGAACCUUAACUAUUUGGAGAGUGUGCCAGCUCUUUACCAAAUGAUUUCUUACGAAGAGACUAGGCGAAAGGAGUGCACAUCCUUGCUCUUUAAGCGGACCUGUACAGCGCCUGCCCAUAUUAAAUUGACGCCAGAGCAUAUACGAAUCAACGAUGUUAUAUCCCGAAAACAAACGCAGAAUCGCGAACGACAUGACAAAAUUAUAGAGGAUCUGCUAUUGGCAAUGAAUGUUGAUAGCUUUGCAGAAGCCAUUGAGGAAUUUGGCGUCUGUAUCGGUGCCCUUCUUGUUGCCCCGAUAGAGUCGAAAGUGACGCAAAUUGGAGUGCAGGUUUUCUACCAUCUGGUGGAUAACCUUAGCGAAGUGACUAUGAAAUUCCACCCAACACAUGAUCUGUACUUUCAGGUGUUAGAGAAGCUUGGGAUUUUUCUGCAUGCAGAUCAGGCUGCCCAGGGCCUGGUUGUUCUACGCCUGGCCCUUAAGAGACCCGAUCUCUUGGAGCUGCUGGCCGGAGUCUUUGUACCCAGCAGCACGGACGUGGAGCACUUCUUGCCCAUGUACGAGUUUCUCAUCGAUUCGCAUCUUAAGCGCUGCGACACACAGACACUAUUCGUGCUAUUCUCCAAAUUCGACCUGUUGGGUUGGAUGGAGGCCUAUCAGCCGAAGCUUAGCGAGAUUAAUCGUCUGCUAAUGCUGGUACUGCAGGGUCUAGAGGCGUGGUCUCAGCCGCAUAGCAGCCUUCUGCAGGAUCAGUUCCGCAGACAUCUUGUUCACAUCUUUGGCUACGACUUUCCGCAGCACUACGGCGAGGUGAUGCAGUUAGUUUUGGACCGUACGUCGGACCAGAAGCUGAUGCCGGUGGUGCUUCUGGAUCUGCUGAACGCUUUGUUCGUUCGAUCCAACUGUCCAGAGUUUUCCUUUGAACAAUCCGAGGUGCGUGUGCACGAACUCGCUUUGGAUUUUGCCCGGCGCCAGAAGUUAUUCACCCUGAAGGCGGCAACCGACACGCUUUUGCUCUUGUCCCGGCACUUUCAAAAGGAGCGACUUCAUCACGGACUGCAUGGACUGUAUCCUAAGCACAAGGAUUACUGCCAGCCACUGGUUCUGUGGUUCACCUGUUUCGGUCAUACUCUGUUGGCCAUGGCCAUAUGCAGCUACCAGGAGCUACUAGCCGAUCAGAUUAGCGACAUUGUCUUCGGCUCCAUCGUGGAGACUUACGGUCCUUGGCUGAUUCCAUACACCGAACAGACGGUUAGUGGCGUGGCUCACUGGAUACGCCAACUGACUCCCGGACAGAGCAAAGUGCUCCUGCCAUGGAGCGAGCAGCAGGUUAGCAGCAGCAAACUUAUGAUCCGUUCCUUCGUGGCCACCAUACUGCAAGUUCUGCAGUACCUGCCAUCGUCGAACAAGAUUCUGGAGCACGUAUUUGCCUGGUAUGUGCACCACUUCGCACAGCCCAACAUAGCAGGCCACGUGUUGGCGCCCAUUCACGAGGGAUUGGCUCAAUUACCCUGGGAACGUUUUCUGCCGCCGGCACAGCACGUUGAGUCUCUGUACGACAGCCUUCAAAGAUUCCUGCCGGAAUCACACGCCAUGCUGGGGCAUAUAUUCAUUCGGAUUGACUGGAACAACUGGUUUGCCCAGAUGCCCCAACCGGUGGUCAUUCUCUCCAGACUAUUCGGCAUCUUUGUGAAGAUCGCCUUCGAACCAAAUAUUCACAUCCAUCCCAAUACAAGCAAAAUCUUAGAGGAAGCCAUUCUGUAUCCAUGGCACCUUGUGGAAUACAGCGAGCUGGAGCAACUGCUGAAGUGGUUCGUGGCCAGUGUGGAGCCAGCCAUUGCAUUGAAGUUACCAGCCGAGAGCAAUUAUGCGGAUCGCGCUGUUUUGGAACUUCUUCGCUUGGCCUGUGCCAUGUCGCCGGAACGUUCUGCUCAGGAUGCUGUCGUCUUGGGAACAGCUAAGCGAAUGCUCUACACGCGGUCCAUGGUCCGCAUGCAGCGAGCCUGUGGAGCCAAGCACAAGAAGCUGCUAGCCACAAAGGAGGGCGAGCGUGCCUUUACUGACGCCUUCCUGGAACUGCUAAAUAAUAUCGACCGCGCCAUUUGCAGCUGCAGUGAGCAUCGUACGCCGGAAGAGCAGCGCAGAGAAGCCCUUAACCUCAUGCUGGAGUUGGUGGCGCCUACCCAGACGCAGAGUCAGGAAGUGUCUAAUAUACACAUUAAGGCUCUUGUCUGGUGGCAGCAGCGAUGUGCACCGGGCAACCUGGUUAUGUGUUCCACCCUGCCCGCCAUCGGUCAUCUAAACACGUACAUUGCGAGCAUUUAUUCGCUUCUGGAGGCGAGCAUUGAGAACUUCUUCCGCACUUCGCCCGAGAGUUCUCCUUGGCAUGCACCCAGCUGGCAAUGUUUGAUGGAGGCUCUUAGCAUGUCGGUGCCAAAACUAGACCUUUUGCCGAUCAUGCAGGGUGGCUACUUAUUUUCGCUGCACGUUUUUGUUGUCUACAAGAUGGAGGAGAUCGCGGCGGACGGAGACAAGGUGACCUUUUUGCAGGAUCUCAGCCAGCUGCUGGAGAAUCUAAAAACCAGUCCACUAACUGAGCCGCGAAUGGCUCUUGUCUGGGGCGUGAUUAUUGCCCGUGGGUGCCAGAUUCUGCAGAGCAACCAUCUUGUGAAAAAACCACUCCACAUGCUGGCCAGACACUUGCAGAUUGCAUCAACCAAAGCCGAGGGGUGGGGUGACGGGCUACUGGGUGUGAUUGGUCUGAAGUCGGAGGUUAUAACAAACAGACGAAAAGUCCUAACUCGUUGCUUAGCCUGUGUCAUCUUCUCACUAUUCCCGGCCAAUCGGGAUCUUCGAAUUCCAUCAGAGGAGUACGAAAGCGCGAUUCGCGAGUUAUCCAUGCUGCUGGCCAACAAGAAGUUCACCGAUAUCAAGCCCCUAAUCGUCCGGGCCGUCAGUCUGCUCAAGGAAAACACCUGGCCCGAUAUCCGGGCUGUUCCGCAUAUGGUCUGUCGACUUAUCAGCAUCUUCUACGAGGAAAGCUAUCUGACAACCAUUCCAGAGAUCUGGGACUUUGACUUCAAACUAAUCGCGACAUAGCUUACCGACCAAGCGAACAAUUCUAAAAAUCUUUACAGCCAGUUGUGUUAUUUUCCAGGUGUUAUAUAUCAUCUAACUAGGUUUAGGGUAAAUAAAGUGAUCAGUUUUUGUGCAAUUUUUAAAAUUGCAAGAAAAUGUAA